AGUUAUUUUUGAUUUUGAUUUUUCAAAUCACUAUAAAAGUAUCAUUGAAUUGCCAUAAAGCUAUUAGUUUUCACUAAACUUUCUCUACAUUAUGGUGUCCAAGAUUUUAUUCGGUCUAUUGGCCGUUCUGGUGUGUGCUCAGGCUGUAUUCGCUGUUACCGUCAUUUCCAAGUCAGAAUGGGGUGGUGCAGCCGCUACCAGCAAAACUUCUUUGGCUAAUGGUUUGUCUUAUGCUGUCAUCCAUCAUACUGCUGGUGCCUAUUGCUCCACCAAGGCCAGCUGCAUACAACAAAUGAAAAAUAUCCAAAGUUAUCAUCAGAAAACUUUGGGUUGGGCCGAUAUUGGUUACAACUUCUUGAUCGGUGGUGAUGGCAAUGUUUAUGAAGGUCGUGGCUGGAAUGUAAUGGGUGCUCAUGCCACCAGCUGGAACGCUAAGUCGAUUGGUAUUUCUUUCAUGGGCAACUAUAACAAUGAUAAACCUACUGCUGCUCAAAUUUCCGCUGCUAAGGGUUUGUUGUCCGAUGCUGUUUCUCGUGGUCAAAUAAAGUCGGGCUAUAUUUUGUACGGCCAUCGUCAAGUCGGCUCUACUGAGUGCCCUGGCAACAAUUUGUAUAGCGAAAUCAAGAAAUGGUCCAACUGGAAGGCUUAAGUUUGCUGUUACAACUCUGAUUUUCUGUAGACAAUGAAGUAUCAAUAAAAGUAUUAUAGAUUUAAAUGCA